AUGACACGUUCAGGUUCACUAGCGCCAAAACAUCGCAGAUGUCGCUGUGCAUCUAAGGGUACAAUCACGCAAGCUGCACAUUUGAAACCAAAGCUCCCAUCUAGCCCGGGGUUCGAUGCCAACCCCUCUCAGGACGGACUCCCACAUUAUGAGGAUGGCCUGUCAUCACCAGCGACUGUGCUCCCUGAGAACCACCCUCAGCUUUCUAUCUCUCAGGUGCUGACGUGUCCUGGUACCCCGCCGUCCCUAUAUGAAACCGUCUUCAUGGAGUCGCCAUCUGACCGCCCUUCCCAUGUACCUAUCUCCACAGACACCUCACGCCAAAUGCUACCAUGCAUUGCUUUCAAGGGUACAUCACGAGUACAACUGCCAGUAGAACUUUACCUUUUAUGCUCCAAGGACCUUGACUUGCAGUUUACCAAGCAAAUUGUCCUGGGCAUGAUGUUCGAGAUUGAUGACGAAGAGGAGGCAUUGCAGAAGUUGUUGUCAGAUCUUAAUCUAUGUAUAGACAGAGUUCUCAAUGUGGCCGGUGUCAGUAAAAGGUUUCAACGCAUGCAGAACAUUCUUCACCGCAUCCAAGAGGUUCAUGGAUGGAUCGUUGAACUGCAGACGCAUGUCUUUGCUGAGGGGAGGGAGUAUCUUGUUAGAGAGUACGAUAACAUGGCCCUAAUGUACCAAAGGGAGUGGUAG